AUGCAGCUUUUUGCUUAUAUUGCUAUCUCUUCUUUAAUUCGGCAAAGCCUGAAAAAAUUGGGAGUUCUACUUUGCACACAAGGUUAUGUGAAUUGGAAGAAAGCUAAGGAUACUUUAAGUAACCACAGUGUUUGCAAGACUCAUGUAGAGGCUAGGCUAAAAUGUGAUGACUUUAUGAACCAAAGGACAAAUGUGGGUAGAAAAUUAGUUGAAGUAAGCACGGAGGAAGAAAAACGAUAUGAGAUACGUUUGACAUCUUCUUUAGAUGUUGCAAGAUUUCUCAUAUUGCAAGGGGAUGCUUUCUAUGGACAUGAUGAGACUUGUUCUUCCCUCAACAAGGGAAACUAUAGAGAGAUGGUUGAAUGGUAUAAAGAUAAGGUUGAGGUAGUGAAGGAGGCAUAUGAAAAAGGUUCUAAAAAUUGCCAUAUGUUAUCUCAUCAUAUACAGAAAGACCUUACAAAAGCUUGUGCGGAGGAAGUCACAACUGUCAUUAUGGAUGAGAUUCGAGGAAGAAAAUUCUCGGUGCUUAUUGAUGAGUCUCGAGAUGUAUCAAUUAAGGAGCAAAUGGCGGUGAUUCUAAGUGUAGACAUUGUAGAUUUAUUUAACUAUGUUCCUUUAAUAGUCAAUAAUGUGGUUGCAUUUUGUAUGAGAAAGGAUGCCUUGCUUGCAAAGCAUCAUGAUGUGUUGCUUGAAAAGAUUGAGGAUGGUGAGAUUAUGUCUGGAAGAGGUUUGAACCAGGAAAGUAUCCUAGCUAGGCCUGGAGAUACUAGAUGGGGUUCACAUCUUAAAACAUUGCUUCACAUUUUGGUGAUGUGGGGGGCUAUUAUAGAUGUCCUUGAGAUAGUGAAGAAAGAUUCCAUUAAACCAACAUGUAAUGGUGGAGCUUUAGGUUUAAUUGGAAAAAUGGAGAGCUUUGAUUUUGUGUUAAUCCUGCAUUUGAUGAUAGAAUUGUUGAGCAUGACAGAUAUUUUGUCACGUGCUUUGCAAAGGAAGGAUCAAGACAUAGUUGAAGCAUUGCAUUUGAUCACUAAUAUGAAAGAUGGCUUGCAGGAUAUGAGGAACAAUGGUUGGGAGCCAUUACUCAGAAAAGUGAAAACAUUCUGUGAGAAGAAUGAGUUUGAAGUGCUAGAUAUGAAUAAGGAAAUAAAUGUUAGAGGGACAUCUAGACAUAGAAACCAAAAGUUUAGAGUUAUUGGUAUGCAUGGCUUGUUUAACCCAUGGAACUACUUCUCUAAUUUUGACGUGGACAAACUUAUAAGGCUUGCUGAAAUUUAUGCUGAGGAUUUUGAUAUUGGUAACCUUACUAUUUUGCCAAAUCAACUUAGAGAAUUCGUCAACCGUGCUAGAACUCCAGAUUUUCUUAGAUGCACCGAACUUGGAAAAGUUGCUGAAAUUAUGGUCAAGAAUAAUAUGCACACAUCUUAUAAAUUGGUUUAUCGUCUCAUUAAGCUAACCUUGAUACUACCGGUGGCAACGGUUUUAGUUGAGAGGAUAUUUUCAGCCAUGUCCAUUAUAAAGACAGAUUUGCGUAGUAAAAUGGGUGAUGAAUGGCUCAAUGACUUGAUGAUAUGCUAUAAUGAGAAUGAGAUAUUUAGAAAGAUUGAUAAUGAAAAGAUCAUAAAAACGGUUUCAAGAGAUGAAAAAACACCGUAUGUUAUUGCCUAA